GCUAAGGGUUUUGUUUGAUGUAUUCUGUGAAACUGAAAGGAAGCGGUCCUCGUCGGUCCUCAAUCCCCAUCAGAUCCAAUAGCCUUCUGCAUAGUCGUCGCGAAGAUGAUGAUCACUCAUCACAUGGCCACGCGGUCUUCUGCAACGAGAACUUUGAUAUCUUCGCAUAGAGUUGUGGAGAAUGUGCUGUGCACAGGAAUUUCUUCGAGCUCAACAUCUUCCAGCUCCUCUUCUCUAUCUGUGGAAAAGAAAACCUUCUUCCCUUUGGCGUCGCGGACUUCCCGGACGACCAGUUGUUCUUGUACGUCAAAUGUGCCAGCACGAGGUCAGUUCUGCUCCUGGUCACCGUCACAUCACUCUUCAGAGCGACAUCAUGGGCACCGUGCAAGAUUAUUCAGUACUUCCACCCCGGAAGCUGUCGCAGCAGUCGAUGGGCGGCAUGUUGAAAAUUCCUCUCCUUCGGCAGAGCCACCAGAUUCUAAGACCUUGAGACAGCUGUUUUUUGCUUCCGCAGUACCGAUGGUCGGGUUCGGCUUCAUGGACAACAUGGUGAUGAUCCAGGCAGGCGAUUUGAUCGAUAACACAAUAUUAAGGAAGAUUCGUUCAUUUUUACAUCCUUCAAUAAGACUAACAUGAUCCUUGUCUCUUUCACUAAGACCAACAUGCCUGACUCUUUCCCUUUCUCCAGUAGAAGAACGAAAGAAGAAGUCACGGAUCGAUGUUCUGGGGAAUGUAAUCAUGUCGGAAUCUAACAGGAGGAGUAAAGUUCGGUCUCGCAACCCUCACUGCCGCAGCUUGUGGUCAAGUGUUUUCCGAUGUGUCUGGCGUCUGCUUUGGCGGCGUAGUCGAUGCGUUUUGCUUGAAGCUGGGAUUGCCGGUAAGUGUUGUUGUCGCUGGGUUUUGUUUUCAAAAAUUUUCCGAGUCGGGGUCUGGAACCGCGGCUAGUACAACUGCAACAACUUCUACCCAGUAGAUGUUGGUGGCUUUGGAGUACUCUCCUUCCCAAGUACAACAUGCUUCGCUCGUUCUGUGGUCAAAUGCAUUUCCAUUUCUUUAAAUCGCAACUUCUCCAACAGGUUCCCCAGCUUACCAGCGCUCAGCGGACCUUGCCCCUCGUCAAACGAUGGAGUACUUUUGGGGCUGUCUGUGGCGUCAUAGUGGGAUGUACCUUAGGUAUGACAAGUCUCCUCUUCAUGGAUCUGGAGGCUGCGGAGCGUGCGAAGAAGAAUCAAGAACUCGACACCAUUUUCGCGACAGUAGUAAAGGAAGGGUCAGAAGCGUUGGGAGCGGAAAGGUCGUAACUACCAUUCUACAUCACAAGGAGAAGUAAGUUGAGUCCCGCCUCAAUCUACAGAUUACUCAAUUAAAAAUCAAAAAAACAGCUUGAAGAUCUUGAAUAUUAACGCCAUCUAGUACAAUAGGUGUUCUCUCUUCGUCGUAGAAGACCUUGAUCUUGAAUAACGCCAUCUACAAUAGGUGUUCUCUCUUCGUCGUAGAAGACUCAGUUCUUUGGACACGAGCAGCAACAGGAUUGAAAGGCGAAGAUAUCAUCAAAGUGCCGAAGGAAGCGUCAUUGGUGGGUGAGGCAUUAUGGCUCGGGUCGUUCUCGUUGAGUGUUUCUUCUCUGAAAGUGUCAUCAUGUCAUUUUUAGCAACAACUAUAAUCGAACUUAUUGAUGAUGUUAGUCGAUUCGGAUUUAUUAUUCUUUUUCUUUUAGAAAUAGAUAACGACCGAGGAUAAGACACAUAUACAACAAUUACUUACUUGGCAGCUCUAACCUCAGUACUCCGCAAGGCCGUUAUUAACGUACCAGACGCCUACACGCAUCCAAAGUUCAAUCGGGAGCACGAUAAAGCGACCGGUUUCAGAACCAAGGCGGUGCUGUGUGUGCCAGUGUUUUCAGAGAAUGACGAGCAAGAGGAAAGUCAAGGUGGUCGGGAAGUAGUCGCCGUUGUUCAACUGGUUAAUUCAAAGAACGGCUAUUUUUCGGACGCGGAUUUACGUGCAGCAGGGAUGUUAGCGAGACACGUCGGGAUAUUCUUAGAUCAAGUUGGUUAGCUUUACAGCUUCUCGUGUAAAACUAAGAACUAUCUCUCUUCUUUUCCUUUUUGAUGUCAUUGUUGUACAAAUCCGUAGUAAGUAAGUAGAAAGAUGAUUUCUAGAUGAACAGUUGGGAAAACAGAACUACUGUAGGUAUCGUUUAUUCAGAUUCAUUUUGCAGUAGGAGUAGCAAAAAUAGCAUAGUAGUAUUCAGUCUUCUAGUUGGUUCUAGUAAGUGUUUGUUCUUUAUAGUUCACAGAUGUCGUUCUCGUUGCAUCGACUAUCUUCCUGUGUAAAAAGCUGACAGUUGCAGCAAAAAUAGACAAAAAAAAUGCUAUUUUUGUCGAUCAAAAUUAAUAUACGUACAAAUACAAAUAGACUCUUCUUCUACUUGAAGAAUAGCAAUGAUUUCUUGGUGUACGUAUUUGUCUUUUCCUGAAAUAUGACAUCACCCAGUUGUCACUGAUAUAUCGUGAAGAACGAGAAUCAAAAUCCAAAAAAAAGACUGGAAAAUACGCGCGCAACCGCUGUGAAGUGGCCCAAGGAGGCACCAUAAGGAAAGCAGACAU